CCCCUACCCCACCGGAUCAUGACGAAUCAGUGGCCAAAGCGUGGUUUUAGUUGAGCUCUAAAUCUACAACCCUUGGCUUAAAUAUAUUGCCAAUGGCCAAUGCAACAUGGAACUUACCCGGCAAGACAAGAAUAACAACAUCACGUCAUAUUUAGCUCUUUGCUGUUACAUUUCUUUUCUUUGCUUUACAAAUUCGAUACGACAUCAUUCUUUGGAGGGGUGAGGAUUCUAUAACUUAAUUUUGUUAAAGUUGAGAGUUUGGUGUUUAAGCUCAGCCGUCAAAGCGCAUUAAAGGUGGAAGGAUAAUAUUUCUACAGUGCCUAUAUAUUUGAUCAUCGAUGUUUGAGCUACUAUUUGGAUUGUUGUACUUCCUUUAAAACGUUCAUAAUUGAGUCUGAUGGAGGGCGUCAACUUUUAGAGAGGAGAGGCAGUAUUGCACAAGAUUAUACAAUGCAUCCUUAGGCUAGACGUAGAAAAGAAACCAACGACUACACAAGUCAGAGAACGUUUGAGUUUGGAGCAAACCAAUCAUUUCGUAAUUGAGUCGGUGUCUUCUCGUCGGCAUUGAGCUCGACUAUGGAAGCGAUGAUGAAGUCGGGGCAGCCGUCAUCGGUCCCAGGGACACCGAAGGGGGCUCGCGCAUUUAGUUUACCUAAUCAAGAAGAACAUAUUUCAACACGGUGGUAUACACGAACUCAUAGUCUGGCCGAAUCUUCUUCACCGUGUGGGUUAGGCCAAGUCAAGUGUUAUCCAUCCCGAGAUGAGAGUCUGUUUAUCAAAGAAAACUUCUUCAAGAGAGAAUGCGUCAAGUUUUGUCCAUCAGCAAAUGACGUCACCAAAUGUAAAUGUGGCCGCUUUGAGGAGGGUCAUCUUGAUGAGAACGUAGGACUUCAGAAUGGUCCUGAGACGACCUGGACUUCAAAGACACAUACUAAGACAUCUCAAACGGAUGCCUUUGGAGAACUUGAGUUCCAAGGACCGUGGACGUCUACUCGUGCUAAAUAUGUUCGGCUAUCGCACGACACACCAGCCGACAAGGUGCUGAGUCUGCUCACUGAGAUGUGGGGACUGAAGAAACCAAAGCUUCUCAUAGAAGUAACGGGUGGAGCCAAAGAUUUCGUUCUGCAACCCAAACUGAAACGAAUCUUCAGUAAAGGCAUCAUCAGGGUAGCGGUAUCUACCGAUGCUUGGAUACUGACUGGUGGUACGAAUACAGGUGUGAUGCGUCACGUAGGAAUGGCAGUCCGUGAACAUUCGCUACGAUCACGACAGAAGAUCAACGCCAUCGGCGUCGUACCGUGGGGCAUCGUCGACAACAGAGAAGACCUCAUCGAAAGACGCCAGGAUGUAACCACGCCACGAAUCAAGCAUUACCGACUGACGAGUUCCGAUCGUGCUUCUGGAGCAUCCCUGGAUCCUAACCACACCCAUUUCAUUCUCGUGGACGAUGGCUCCGUGGGAAAGUUUGGUGUCGAGAUCUCACUGCGAUCACAACUUGAGAAACUCAUCUCGAGCAAGAGGAUUGAUGCAAAUAGUGAUCGACCAGUACCAGCAGUCUGUGUUUGCCUAGAGGGUGGUGUGAACACUAUCAAGGUGGUUCUCGAGAACGUCACGCAUGACCCACCUAUCCCCGUAGUCAUCGCAGAGGGCAGUGGACGGGCAGCAGAUCUCAUCGCCUUCGCGUACAGGAACAGCUCAUCUAAACAAGGGCAAAUAUCAUAUGAAGCUCAGGAGCAGUUAAAGAGGAGGAUCUCUGCAGCAUUCCCUCGUGAGAAGAGCGCUCAUAGUCUUCUACUCAAACAACUACUAGAGGUCCUCAAACAGAAGCCAUUUAUAACAAUCUUCAGCGUGGAGUCUGAUAACAAUGUCGACAUCGAUUCCGCCAUCUUAUCCGCUCUUCUGAAAGCGAGCAACCUCUCAGCUCUUGAACAACUGAAGCUGUCAUUGAUCUGGAACAGAGUUGACUUUGCCGAAGAACAUAUCUUCAAGGAAGUCUCUCGAUGGGAGGAAUCGGCGCUGGAGGAAGCCAUGGACAUUGCUCUGAAGAAGAACCGAGUCAAGUUUGUCAAACUUCUCCUAGAACAGGGUCUCUUCAUGCAGAAGUUCCUCACCGAAGAAAGGCUAGAGUCGCUGUAUAACACGCUGGAAAGUGACCCAUUUCCAUCGCUAUCCUCACUGUCUCGGUAUGCCAAUAUCAAUAGCGGGAUGAUCAGGCUCAAACAGAUACAGAAACAUGAGAGUAAAGUGACUCUUCAGGAGAUUGGUAUCAUCAUUGAGCAUCUUCUAGGUAAAGGGUUCGAAUGCGAGUAUCAUCGACAUAGUCCACACACCGCUACCACCUGUGUCAACGUGGGUGACAAUACGUGCUGUGAGGGCGAGCCUGAGACAGCGCACCUUCACACUGACAAUCCCUUCCCCUACAAUGAUCUCUUCCUCUGGGCCAUCCUCACCAAGAAGCACGAGAUGGCGUAUCUGAUGUGGCAGCUAGGUCAGGAGUCCUUACCCAAGGCCUUGGUAGGAUUCCGGCUCUGCUAUUCCAUGUCUCGCUUUGCACGCUCGCAAUACAACACCGAUGCAGCUGACCAGCUUACUGAGCAAUCCAGGCAGUAUGAGCAGCUGGCAGUCACCCUCCUGACGCAAUGCUUUGAGGAAGAUGCCACCUACACUCGCCUCUUACUCUGCGCCGAGUUACCGAACUGGAGUCACAUGACCUGUCUAUCCCUGGCAGCUAACUUCAAACAUUCUCGAUUCAUCGCUCACCCAUCUAUCCAACUGCUGCUGAAUGAUCACUGGUAUGGACAACUCAACACUAUCCCUGGGAUGAAGGGCUUCUUCCAGUGGUUACUGUGCACGAAUGAUGACGUAGAUGAUGACGUCGGCCAGGGGGAGUACAUGGUGACGUCACGAAGAAACACCCAGUUCGGUUUAAGCCCGGAUGUGAACACGGCAAAUGACAGUACCUCCAUGAAAGUGGGUUACGAGCCACGCCCAAGCGUGUUGCGGUUUCCAGCAGUCAUCGAUGAACGAUCUGCGGGCGUUGUCAAUCCUCAAGAUAAGGGUGGUAGAAUAAGUACGUUUCAGGUCAACCAAGAUGGUAGAAAGUCUUACUUCCAGAAGGUUCGCAUCACCUUCACCGCUCCCAUCGUCAAGUUCUGGAUCAAUGCUAUGUUUUAUUUCUUGUUCCUGAUUGCGUUCAGUUACGUGGUUCUGAUGGAGCUCAAGCCUGAGGUUGGUUUGGUUGAACGGCUCGUCUCUCUAACCAUCUUUAGUCUGGCUACUGAGGAGAUUCGACAGUUGGUGAUGCAAGGUGACAGUGAAAUUCUGACAUUUCGACAGCAAGCUCAGAUGUGGGCAUCUGAUAGAUGGAACCUAUGGGACCUGGUUGGAAUAUUAACAUUCACCAUGGGAUUUGGCCUUCGUAUGUGGGAAGGUAGUCUGAACGCUGGACGGAUGUUAUAUAUUCUCGACAUCAUGGUAUGGUAUGUGAGGGUACUUGAUAUCUUGAGCGUCAACAAGUUGAUGGGACCGUAUGUCAACAUGAUUGGAAAGAUGAUGAAUGACACCGCUAAGUUCAUCGUGAUUCUGUUCGUGUUCCUGGUGUCCUACGGUGUGGCAAGCAAUGCCUUGAUGCGCCCCAUGAAAGAGUGGGAUUGGAAUGUUCUUCGAGAUAUCAUCUACAUCCCAUACUGGCAGAUCUAUGGAGAACUCUUCAUUGAUGAACAAGACCAGUUCGUCACGAACUGUUCGUUGUUUCCUAAAGAAGGCAUGGAGAUGUGUGAUGCUGGUAUAGUCCUAGAGAGGAUGAUAAUGGGCAUCUACCUUCUCAUUGCUAACGUACUCCUCAUCAAUAUGCUCAUCGCUAUCUUCAACAACACAUUUUUGAGAGUGCAGGAGAAUGCAAACGAGAUUUGGAAGUUUCAGCGAUAUCGUUUGAUACUGGAAUUCAGUGAGCGACCGUUCCUACCACCUCCGUUCAUACUCGUCGUCCAUAUAUACCUCCUACUCAAGAGGCUUAUGACGUCAUGUUGUCGACAUCGAAAAACAAAACAUCCUUCAGAUAUGAAAAUUCAUAUGGAUGAACAGUCAUUGCAGCUCUUGUACAGAUUUGAAGAAGACAUUGUUGAAAAUUACUUGCGAGAGAAUACACUGACAGAGCAACAGUCGAUCGGAGGAACCAUUGAACACAUCAGUGAACGAGUGGAUGCUUUCACCCAACAAAUGGAACAGAAUUGUCGUCACGACUCUGAAUCCAUACGAAAACUGGAUUUGUUGACGGAACGGAUGACGAACCUGGAGAAAGCCGUCGAGAGUUUUGUUACACAUCAUCAAUAACAUACUGCUGCCCUCUACCGUCCUGCAUCGAGUCAACCUCUGUUUCAUCUUGAAUUGUUUUUCGUAUUAAUUUUUCUGUACGGCGGCAAUUUCUUGUCAUGAGUCAUGACUGAUAAAGGCAAAUAGGAUUGUAGCGACGUACAUAUACGAGAGCAUUAAAGUGACCUUAAUUAUAUUGCGGAAAAGGGGGAAGGUAAAGGAAAGAGAGAAGAGAAAGAAAUAGGGGAAGAGGACAAAGAAAAAAAAAGAUGAUAGCACCCCUCCCAUUUCCUCCCCGUAACUAGUGGUCUUCCUGAAUCACAUUUUAUUCACCGCCUAUCCGUAUGAUAUGACCCCGGGAGCGGCUCAAUUCAAGUUCAAUGUAUUAAAUACCAAUUAAAAGCAUGUACACAUGAUAAUAAUGACUUAACGAUCAGAUAUAUCUAAUUUUGAUCUUAUUCAUUACCAAAAACUACGAGCAGUAUUCAAACGUGAUAUUUGUGUAUAUAUACUACGAUUUGGGAAGUGCAAUAUUUUUAAAAUCAAUUUCUGUGCCUCUAUACACGGCCCAUGAGACCGGGUUUUUGUUUGGUCCCAUGGACAUUGUGGCAGUAAUGUGGAGGGUUCACGAGACCGGAAUGUUCGGUCUCGGAGACAUUCGGACUCAUUGGCCUGUAGCCUCCGGGACUUUCAUUCAAAUAGGCGGUACCUUUUGUGUCGUAACCCUUAGGAAAAGGAAUUAUUAAUAAAGUUUUGUUCAAGUCUCUAGAAUUUUAAACGAGUAUGACAUCUUUGUGAUGAUAAUGUGUGUAUAAUGUUCUAUAAUUAUACUUAAAUUGUUUUGUUUUGUUUUAUUAUAGUUCAGUGCCUUAAAACGUUAUAUCGCCUAGAUUAUUCAUCUUUUGUCAUUAAAUAUUUUUAGGCGUAAAUUUAUCAAUGAAUUGAUCAUCGUGUUGCAAUGAUUCUAUAUGGUUAUGAUAUUAUAUAACAAAUGUGUUUCAUUAUUGAUAUUAGUAAACCAUUUUUGUCACGGUGUUAUUGUUGUAUAGAGAGAUGAGUAGGAAAGAGGGAAACGAAGAUGAGGAGAUUUAAGAAUAGAACAGGCAAAUAAAACGAAUUACAAGCGUGUGGAUAUAUAUUCGGCUGUCACCAACGCGGUGAUUUAUUUACAUGUUUACAAAAGGUACUACAUACUUUUCCCCAAAAUAAAACAUUGAAAGAGUCACACAAACUGUAAAAAAAAAAUGGUAACAUAUGAAACUUCAACAUUAUAUGUUUGGACUCACAACAGCCUAUUAUUAAAUCGCUUAUUUUUUAUAAACCAUCAGUCCUCUACAACUUUUUUAGAGACAAUGUUGAUAAAAGAAUAUAAAUAUGACUUGUUAGAAACUUUAAAAACAAAACAGCACACUCACGAAUAUCGACAAUUGCACCUGUUUGCAUAAAGCACUGAAAGACAGACUUAAGGCACAAAAGAGAACUCACACGUGGUACACUGCAGUACACAAAUAUUACAGGUUUACUUAUAUUUUAGUUGUGCAGUGAUUUCUUGAGUUCACCCUCUUAUCAAGUGUGUAAUACUGAAAAAAGAAAAAAAAA